AUGUCUUAUUCAGAUAUUCUUCAAGGAAAUGUUAGUUGGUGGAAAGGACAUAAAAUGGAUAUAGCAUAUAUAUAUAAUUGUUUUAGUGGAGACAAUGGAUCAACAGCUUAUUUUACUGUUGCAGGAAUAUCCUUUACAAUUUUUUUAUUUAUUUGUAGUUUAGUUGAUUUUUUAAAUUCAUUAUCAGUAUGUUUGGGUUAUAUCUCUCUCUUUCUUAUUGUUCUUCAUUUGGAUAUUGUUGUUGAGUCAAAAAAGCUUCCAUGGAAAGGAAAAGUAAAACAUGUUCAAUACACUCGUUUUAAAAAAAGUGUUCUUGAACCAAUUAAACAUUUUAGAGAAAUGAUUUAUGAAAAGAUAGGUAUUUUAUCUAAAGAUGUACCAAAAGUUAUGAUAUUUUAUUGUAUGUUAUUUACUGGAAUAUUAAUAGUAACUAUAUUAACUAUUAUUCCAGUCAAAUUCUUUAGUUUUUGUUUAUUAAUUGGUUUAUUAACUAUUCCACAAGCAUUACGUAAUUAUGUUGAACAAGAUGUUAAUUCUGCUGAAACAUUUAGAAAAUUUGUUAAAAAACAAUUAAAAGAAAAAGGACUAUAUGUUACUGAUCAAGAAUUAAUUGAAUCUAUGAAAAAUAAUAAGCAAAUAACUCCUGAUCUUGUUAAGAAAAAAUGUGAAGCAAAGAAAUUUAAGAAAUCAUUAAAACGACUUAGUGUUCAAAAAGAUGUUAUUGUUUCACUUGGAAAUAAACUUGAUGAUAAUCAAAAACAAAUUGUUGAUGAAGCAUUAAAAGAGUCAGUCAAAGAAGUUGAAAAAGGAUAUACUCCUGAAGAAUUUGAAGAAGUUAAUGAAAAGAAAUAUCAACGACCAAAAGGUAAAGUUAAAUUUGAUUAA